GACGGCGAUAUGAGCUCCCGGGUACUGACUGAACAAGCUCUAGUGUCUCGCUUGUGGCCGUAACAUAAACAUCACCGUCUGUCUGUCUGUCUGUCUGUCGCGGCUCUGAGAAAAGAUCUUGGUUAUUCUUUUCAAAACUUUGCGUCGUUAAAUAUUUCUGUGGCUGGAAUAUACACCAACGCCAGUACAGGAAGAUGACAGCUGAGUGAACGUUAGCCUGGCGGGUCACUGGCAGGCAGAAGAGAACGCCGGAGGAUGCUGAUUGCUCGUGCUGGCAUUGUGUCGACGGCUGUCUUCACUCCGGUACAAAGGACGCAGACACAAGGUCACGCCAUUCUCUGAAGUAAGUGAGAGAGAGAGAGACAGAGAGAGAGAUAUGUUCCUCUAUUACUACAAGUGAGGUGUUUUUCUAGUGUAGUAAGAGACGGGUAUCCUUGGUGUAGUGAGAGACGGGUAUCCUUGGUGUAGUGAGAGACGGGUAUCCUUGGUGUAGUAAGAGACGGGUAUCCUUGGUGUAGUGAGAGACGGGUAUCCUUGGUGUAGUGAGAGACGGGUAUCCUUGGUGUAGUGAGAGACGGGUAUCCUUGGUGUAGUGAGAGAAGUAUAUACUGUACACAGCUCCACAAAUACCCGCAUCAGGACUCACAGCAAACUAAAACUAAAAUGACUUUCUGGCGCGUCUUGGCUAUGAGUCUACUGGUGGCUCUAUACAUGGAAGAAUCUUCGUCAGCACCUUCUUCUGGGGGACAAUGCCUGCAGGAGGGACGACAGGACAUCGAGGGGACGUGUGGACCAGACGUGAUCACCAACGGAACACAAUCAUUCACAACAGUCAAGCGAGUGUCACACUGGAGCUACGAGAACUUGACACUCAUCAUCAAACCCGGAGCAGACUUCAACACCCUGAACAUUACUCUUAGCCUGGCGAAGCUCAGCGCCACGCCAGACGAUGCUGACACCUUACCCGGACACCUGUGGCAAGGGGUGAAGGACUGGCUUAUAGGAGACACACUGGAGAAGGUGAGGGACAAUGUCAACAAGGUUCUCUCCUCCGUCAGUAGUAAAUUCAACGACCUGACGAUGGGUUCUCACAGUCAGCUCAUGUCAGCGAGGGAGAUGAACCUAACAGACACCUGUCACUGGUACAAACUGACCGUACAGACCGUCAGGAACGACAGGAACGGACCGGAUAACUGGGCGAUCAGUGUAUGGGUAGACGGGACCCCUCACCUCUACACGACCCAGUACUGGUGGCACGUCAACUGGGUGGUGGGGUUGGAGGUGUCGUCCAGGGGGUCGUCUCAGUGGAUCACGACGAGGGAUACCAUCUGCCCGUCGUGGCCGUGGUGGUGGUGGGUCGUGCUGGUGGCCGGGGUCGUCCUCUUAAUGAUGGUCGUGGCACUGGUGUUGUUCUUCUUCUAUUGCAGACAAUGUUGUGUGCAUCUGAGAGCAACACCGAAUGACGAGGCUGUCCCCCUGGACGGAGUCAAGCAGUUGACCUUGUAUGGCCUCUCCCGGGAGGUCACGGCCUCUACCAAACGCUGGGUGUUCUUCAAGGUCAUCAGAGGUCAGCAGCGAGGUGAAGACGAGACGUAGGAUCCUCAUAGGUGUGAAAAUGAUACAAGACGAUACACUGGGUCAUAACAGAGGGGGGGGUAUUUUAGGUCAAGCACGUGACCUAACUUACCAAAGAAACCCCAUGUGUGUGAAAAAUGAACUCUGGGAAACACUUGGUCAUGUUCCAGGGUUAUCCGGGCCAAGGACAUGUCCCAGUUGACCGAGGAGCCUGAUGCGUGUGAGAUAUAAUAAUACAAGGAGAGAUAUAUCUGGCCGGCAGAGGUGACCAGCUGACCACAAGAGCUGACUGUGGCCGGCAGAGGUGACCAGCUGACCACAAGAGUUGACAGUGGCCGGCAGAGGUGAGCAGCUGACCACAAGAGCUGACUGUGGCCGGCAGAGGUAACCAGCUGACCACAAGAGCUGACUGUGGCCGGCAGAGGUGACCAGCUGACCACAAGAGCUGACUGUGUGUGUGUGUGUGUGAAUAUCGGUUAUUACGUCGCCUGUACCAAAGGGAUCAACAUAACCACCGACUGUAAGAGUGACAAUACCAUCCAACACACAGUAACCUUCGACCUUAUAGCAUAGUCACUGACAUCCUCAUGGUAGAUAGAUAGAUAUGUGUAUAGAGGUCAUAACACUAUGUAUUUUACUGGAUAAUAAACCUUCAUAACAGAAGC